AGCGUUCAGUCGAACUUAGUCAGCGCGAGCGAGUGCACGUACGUGUCGAGGAUCCCCGGGUCACACGGCGCCGACUCAUCGUCUCGAAUUCUCCGAGAGAGCACACCGAUCGAGAGUAAACGGAAGAAAAUGAAGAAAAUAAUUGAGUGAGCGAGGAAUUGGGAAUUGUGAAAAAGCGAGUGCGGAAGUGAGGGAUUUCGGGGAGAUCACCGAAUCGAUUCUGCCGAUUGGUCCAAACUUGAGGAAUUUUCCAGGUGCUAAAUGUUGUGUCGAUAGUGCUUCGCUGACAUUCUCCGUCGAUCUUCUCGUCUCACGUGCUUAUCGCGCUGUGAUUUUUCUGCCUGGGCCCGCGCCUCUUCUCCGAGCAUCCGGAAACAAAAUCGAGAAUGAACGGUCCGGUUUACGCAUCGUCGUGUCCCGCACUCCAGUCCGAUCUCUCGCUGCACAGCUCCUCCUAUUACAGCGAUUACAGCGGUACGGCGAGACGACGUUUGUCAUCGACCGGGGAGGCGGACACUUCGGCGACGUCCAGUUACGAGGGAAGUGACAGCUCGGAAAACAGCGACGAGACUCGUUUGGAUCCGGUCAGCCAGGUCGAACGAGGACAGCUCGAAACUUUUUUCCGAGGCUUAAAGUCUCAGGUAUUCGUUUGCGAAUCUCUGGCGAACUUGUACCUCGGCAGUGCAUCCCAAACGGAGAGGUGGGACUUGCGAUUCACGGGGAUUCCCGUCGUCGUUUUGGACCUUGGCGAAACGAGAUCGCGAUCGAAGAGGCGGAUCCAGAUACUUCUCGCCGAACGUGGCACGUGCUUCACCCUCUGGCGCGAAACUAUCGACAAUUUGUCCUCCUACAAGGUAUCGGGUCCAGCGUUUCACACGAUGUGUUUAUCGUCGGAUCACACCCGUUUGGCGGGUCUGAGUUUCGACAACUCGAAAGCGGCGACCGAGUUGUGGCAGCACAUCGAGCGUUUGGUGUCGUGUCCGGAGAACAUAAGUUUGUCGGUACCAGGAAAGAAGAAGAAGAAGAAGGUGCCCCAGAAGAAGAUCGUUUUGCCGGCAAAGAGUAACAUCAGCCAGCCCUGUCAGUUUCAGCACGUGACGAGCGUCGACGCGGCUGACAGAUCGCGGUACUUUUCGCUCCAGACGCUCGUCCCGGCGUUGAGCGAGCUCGAGAAUUCCCUGGACGCAACCUUCUAAGAGACGGAAGAGGAAAAACGAAAUGCUGAGGAAUACAAAGACGAGGAAUAACGGAGGGGGACGAGGCACGAUGAAAGACUCCUUCCCUUUCGGAACUUCCUGUUGUCCCCGUCAGUCGUCGCGACUCCAUUUACCCGCACGAAUCUCGAGCGAUCUCGAAUCUUCGAUCUCCAUCUGCCCUUUUUUCCUCCAUUUUUUCCCUCUCACUCCGGCGAUUGCAAUUGUUUUUAUAACCUUUUUUAUUUCCACUUGCGAUUACGAUGCUCCGAGAACCUUCGAAUUUUCCCGAGGACUUCGGGACGGCCAUUCGAUUGCCGAUCGUAGCUUAGGAGCAGGGAAACUUUGUGUGCACACUCGGGAGCGUGGCUCGCUAUAUUUUAUUCAUUUCGAGACGUCCCGAGCGGUUCUCAACCGCAUGGAAACCUCCGGGCGUCGAUUUUAUUGAGAAUAAUCAAAACGUACGACUCUAAUGUACGCGGAAACAGAAAAUGUUUUUUGUCUUUUUCUUAUCGUACUUUUGACCCAUUCCACUGACGAGAACGAGAAGAAAUUCCAGGAAUUGCCCGGUCUCGUAUUGCGACAGGCUAUUCUACGAGGUCUAAUUGGAGACCACGUGCAUCCCCGAUGCUCCGGAGCGUCAGUGUACUCACAGGCUGUCCCAAAGACCAUCCAAAUAUGCGUGGCAACUGGAGGGAGUGAAACUCGCUUUUUUUCACGGAAAAUCCAACGUUUGUUGAAUUUUUCGUCGCACAUUUUUUUCUGGACAUUUUCCCGUGUUACGAAGUGGUCCGAUGAUAUUUGAAAACCAAGAAUUCUCGUCGAUCCACUCGGACGUGCAGAAUCGUCGCGUGUCGUUAAAUUUGUUCCUGCUCCUGAGAAAACACGAUAAUACUUGAUGAAAUUGCUGUGCAGUAGCUUCGAGAAUUCCGAAUAAAUUUGAGGCUUUUCAACGCUUUUUCCAAAGAUCCGAUUUUCAAGUACGCCAAUAGAUUCGGAGGUCAAAUUUUAUUUUUUCGUUUGCACGCUCGAUCGGUGCGCCUCCAAAUUGGAUGCAACUUUUGAGACACCCUGUAAGAGACGCGUCUGAGUAUCUGCUACAGAUCCGUGUCGUCGAAUCGUGCACGAAAACUCGUCGAGACAAAUUACAUUUCUCGACGAACGGGUCUCUCCCUCUCGGGCUCGAUGAGCAAAUUUAUUUCAAUUGAGAGAAAGUCUUGGCCUGAUUUUGCAGGAAAGUACAAGUUUCCGCUUCCUACUGGCUAUUUCUUGCGGGAAUUUAGUAAUAUUUGAAAAAGACAAGCACUUUUCGAUAGGCUAAUUACAUUGUUGCCUGGAACGAGCUGAAGCAUCAUUCUUGUAAUCAUCGUUCCAAUUCUUAGUCAAUAAGAAUGUGUAAUUUUUAAUAAGUUUUUAAGAUUAAUAAUAAAUACAAUCACAAUUCUUAUUUCGUAAAGACCUUCCAAGAGUUUCGACGAUGUUUUAGGGAAGCAUUCCUACCCUCGGCCAAUGAUUUAUCUCGAUUUUUCGUAAAUUCAUUGCCACAAGUAUAUUCCGUCAAACUGUCAAAUUAAAUGCAAAAAAAACGGUUCAAUCGAGUCGAAUUUUCGUCCAGUUUGUUCCCAAUAAAUUUCUGGCCUUUUGUUUGAAAUUUCCAACUUUUAAAACUCAAAUAUAAAUGCGAAAGGAAAAGCUUCUCGCGAUCUUACUUCCUUGGAGAGGAACUUUAUAACUAUAAACAAACGAAUACAUAUGCGUAGUUGAAAGAGAGCGAAAACUUGUCAAAUAUAUAACGUAAUUGUCCAAUAUUUUAUCUCUAAACAAAAAUGUUUGAUUCCAAGAUGGCCCAGACCCGUUAGAAAAAUGAUCAGUGUAACAGAGGCAAGCGAUAAACGAGAAUAAAAAUGCAUUGAAAUAUAAUUAUAUCACGAAAGAAUUGAAAAAAAGACGAAAAAUAUUUGAAAAAUUCCAUGUAGAUCAAGUUCUACGAUAUUAUUAAAAAUACUAAUAACAAAACUGGUAAAAUCAUUGUGAAGAUUGAAAAUAAUUGAUUUUCACAACUGUUUGACUCAUUUCUGAAUUAUUUAAUCAAUACAAUUAUGAAUUAACGAUUAUUCAUUAUAAAUGUAACGAGUAUGUUUAGUUGUGUCAUUAUUAUCCCUUUAUUAGAGCCCACGUACUCUAAUCAUCUCGCCUGUAGCGAUAGACAGUGAUGAUACAGAGAAUUUGUGUCGUCACGAAACCCACCUAUGUUUCGUUCUUUCUGUAUUUUAGUGAGGAGAGUGCGGUCGGUGCAAUUGCGAAAAACUUGAAUUUCGACAGCGUUUUGGCGCUCAAAUAAAUAUUGUAUGUAAAUGAUGAAGAAAUUAUGGUACUUUAUCGACAAUUUUAUCAAACAAUUUUGUUUUAUCUACGACUGUGAUAUAAAUAUAUUUUUAUCGUUGCGUUGAGUAAGACGUGGCCCACAGUAUGAAUAAUCGAUUUUAGCGCGUAAUAUUAUUACCAACAUUAUUACUGUUAUGGAUGUAAUAAUCGUGCUAAUAAAUAAUAAAUCCCCGAUAUUUCAGA